UUCAUAUCUCGCGUUCUCCUCCCACCACCAUCCCCACCAUCACCAUCAUCAUCGCCAGCAUCGCCAGCAUCGUCAGGAUCGUCAUCCUUCCCAUCGAUCCCAUCAUCACCGUCCUUCUGUAGUAAAGGAAGUACGUGUUUCUUGCUGUCCUCGCCGCCAGUCCUGCCAUUCCUGUGUUUUCAUAGGACUCUCCGAUCUCACUUUGUGACUUCGGAUUGGGCAUGUGCUCGUGACCAGGCCGCAAGAGCAUGUACCAGUUUACUACUAUCGUUGCCUCCAUCAUCUUUCAUCCUCAUUUGUUGCGAGUCAGGGCUGCUCACCUUCGCUCCGAAGCCCGGGUGGGAGGGUAACUCGAUUCUUCGAGGGUAUAUCGAACAGCUAAUGUUGUAGCACAAUGACUACUACUUCGCAAACCCCGACCGCGGUCUUGAAAAAGGCGGUCCUUGUUCAUGCGCCCGAUCUCGAUGUUUCCUGCCGUGCCCGCCUUCGUAUUAAUCAUGAUCAAGCUGCUAACCAAGGAUGCAUCUUUCUUUCGAUCACUGCAGAUCUGGCUAACCUGAGCGGCAAAUCACAGGUACUGACUCUGAAUAUCCCUCCGGAAAGUGUCGAACAAUGUGCUCUAGCUCGACAAAGCAAUAGUGAACUCUGUUCCUCUCACUUCGUUUCCAUGCUCCCGGCGCCUGUUACCAAUGUUUCGGCUGUCUCUACACUGAGUCUGAGCCUGUGUGCGACCGGCAUUGUUCUUUGUCCAUCUGAACUGGAUUAUAUAAGCCCAGCAAGACCAGGCGAUCUUGAUAUCCAUUCAUUCGCCAAAAUCUGUCAAUCCAAAUUCCUCUACCUACACUUCUCCAGACGACAAUUUGUGAAUAAAGAACUUGAUAAGCUGGAAAUCUUCUCCCGUGCCCUACGCACAAAGAGUCUUAAACGAGUGUGUUUUGACCACUCUCGUCAUGGCGUGGUCCAGAAAGAUUGGCGUGUCUUCAAUUUAUCGCCCAAUCCACCCCCAUAUCGUCAAGAGCUCCUGUCCGAGCAGUUGGAGCAGGUUGAUCCACCCCUAUACUGUGAGGAGUCCGUGUCAGAGCAGGUAGCUAGAAAACGGCAGAGAGACCCAUGGUCAGUGUCAUCUCAUGAUGAAAGCCGAAAGAGAGUACUCCUUCAAGCCCCUCCACCGAUAGGCUCUCCAACCGAAGUAAAUACGCCGAGUACUCGCUCCCCUUCACCAUCCUCCAUUCGCCCAACCAUCUUUCAGCGUGCUUCCUCACCUGGCGACGCAAUGUGUAAAGAACUUGCGCGUCUAGAGCAUGAGCUCCGUGGUGUUUCUGAUGACCUGGUUUGCGAACUAUUAAUUCGAUCCGGACGAGGACAUUUGCUGGCCACACCAAAGAACGUAGACCGUGACGUACCAUGCGAGGUUCAGAAAGUCGGCUCUACCGAAAUCGAGAUGGUUGAACAACGCCUCAAACGAUAUGUCGAUGAAAUGAUCGAGCGCCGCCUUAAAUCAGGCAUACUGGACGAAGUUAUCGAUAGUGCUGCAAGCGAGUGUCGCGAUCAGAUCUAUGAUGAAUGCAAAACCAACCAAGCCGAAUUUCGCGAACAAGUCGACGAUGGUAACUCCGAGGUACGCAACACAACGAUGGAAUGUCUGAAGGAAAUAAACGAACAAGCACAAAGGCACAUGCAUGAAAUAGAAGAGCAAGCGCAACAGUGCAUGAAAAAUAUCGAGGAUCAGGGAAUCGAAGUUGAGAUGUCUGCGAAGAGGAAUAUUGCAGGGCUCAAGCGCUGGUUCAGUACCCCUGCUCAGUCCUUACCUGAAACCAUGUUAAACCCUAGCCAUGAGAUAGAUACUACUGCCAGGCGCAGUUCCAUUUAGACUCAGUAUUAGGCUCAUAAUCUAUCAUUAUCUUCUGGCCAUCACUUGGU